UAUAAAACGUUUUCAACUGGGGUUGGUUUUACCUGUUCAUUUCUGUAGACUUUGUACCUUUUCCUGGAAUUAUAAGUAAUACAUAUAAUUGUCAAUCCCUUAAAGCUUGGAACUUGGAAAAGGAGUAUCAAAUUAAUAAGCUGUUUUUAGAUCUCUUCAGAGACCCAUUAUUAUUGAGGUCUUGAAAGUGAUUUAAACAGCAUCCAUCUUCUUUACAAGUCUAAGUACCAAAAAAAUGGUGAUGGAUUUCAAAGAAUUCUUCACUGAAUAUGGUGAAGCCCAUCAAUAUGAAAUCCAAGAGGUUGUUGGAAAGGGAAGCUAUGGCGUUGUUGCAGCAGCAAUUGAUACUCAUACGGGAGAAAAGGUAGCAAUAAAGAAGAUCAAUGAUGUUUUUGAGCAUGCUUCGGAAGCCACCCGCAUUCUUAGAGAAAUUAAGCUCCUUCGGUUGCUUCGGCACCCAGAUAUUGUAGAAAUAAAGCAUAUAUUGUUGCCUCCAUGUCCGAGGGAAUUCAAGGAUAUAUAUGUUGUCUUUGAGUUGAUGGAAUGUGACCUUCAACAUGUAAUUAAAGCAAAUGACAGUCUCACUCCUGAACAUUAUCAAUUCUUUAUGUAUCAGCUUCUUCGAGGUUUAAAGUAUAUGCAUACAGCAAACGUGUUCCAUCGAGAUUUGAAGCCAAAGAACAUUCUAGCAAAUGCAGAUUGCAAGCUGAAAAUUUGUGAUUUUGGGCUUGCUCGGGUAUCACUUGGCGAUACCCCAUCUGCUGUUUUCUGGACUGACUAUGUGGCAACUCGUUGGUACCGUGCUCCAGAACUUUGUGGUUCCUUUUUCUCCAAAUACACCCCAGCAGUUGAUAUCUGGAGUAUAGGAUGUAUAUUUGCAGAAAUGCUUACAGGAAAACCAUUAUUUCCGGGGAAGAAUGCGGUUCACCAAUUGGAUGUCAUAACUGAUUUGCUUGGUUCGCCGUCCACUGAAGCCAUCUCAAGGAUUAAAAAUGAAAAAGCAAGGAGAUAUUUAAGCAGCAUGAAGAGGAAGGCACCUAUCCCUCUCUCAGACAAAUUCCCACACAUUGAUCCACUAGCUCUUAAGUUACUUGAGCGUUUGAUUGCAUUCAAUCCAAAAGAUCGUCCUUCUGCUGAAGAGGCGCUGGCACAUCCAUAUUUCCGUGGUUUGGCAAACAAGGAACAGGAACCAUCAUCUCAGACUAUCUCAAAAUUUGAAUUUGACUUUGAUCGAAGAAAACUCGGAAAAGAGGAUAUUAGAGAGCUCAUUUACCGGGAGAUUCUGGAAUAUCACCCUCAGAUGCUGAAGGAGUAUCUUCAUGGCAAUGAUCACACUCACUUUAUGUAUCCAAGUGGGGUUGAUUGCUUCAAACAACAAUUUGACCAUCUCGAGGGACACAGUGGUAGAGGUGGAAGUACUCUCUUUCCAAGACGAUAUGCCUCCUUGCCCAGAGAACGAGUCUGUACUUCGAUAGAUGAGGAAACCGAUAAGAAUGGUGAUUUUGAAAGGCAAGUUGUAGCUGCUGUGGCUCAUAGAUGCCUUCCAAGCCCCCCGAGUUCCCCUAGGGUCAAGAAAUUGGAUGCUGCUAAUACAGUUGAAGGUCAAACUGAGACUAGCCAUUGUACACCAAAGAAAUUGGACACUGCUAAUACAGUCGAAGGUCAUAGGGAGACUGGCCAUUGUACACCAAAGAAUACCGAACGUUGCAUGCUUAGAAGUUCUAGUAUUAGUUUUUCCAAAUGUGUUGGGGCCAUAUGGGAUUGCGAGGAUACAACCUGCAAGCCAUAUCAAAAUGGGAUUAGUAGAUCAUCGAACAAGCCAGCAGCUUUGUAUGCUUGAAUAUUUUUAUUCUGGAUGGACAAGUUUUUGCUAUAUUUCUGGUAAGUAACACUGAUUGCACUGUAAUUGCUAAUGUACUCCUUUUGAAUCAUGGUUGGUUGUAAUGUGAACGAUAAACAGUUUAGCUAUAACAUGGUUACGACAUAACUUCUUCGAGCCCAUUUGUUUUUUUUCUUUUCUGUAAAAACCUUUUCUAGUAUUGUAAUGCUGUGGUUCAGAUGCAUUGGUCAUUAUAACUAGUUGAGCUACUUUUAUGAUG